AUGGGGGAAGCGGGAGGGAAGCGACAAGGGGAGAGGUUCACAGGGGAAGAAGGACGGGAGGAGCAAGGGGGAAGUUGCACAGGGGAAGCAGGUUUCAGGGUCAGGGACAAAAAAGCUUUCAUGGAGGCGGGGGGACAAGUGGGCGGUGUGAAGCGCAUGAAGGGGGGGGCGUAUGGGGCAGAGAGGGCGGAGUUGGAGGCUCAUGUGGCGGGCUUGGCUUGUCUUGUACAUCCCAACGUGCUGGGGCUUGUGGCCUGCCUGCAGGCAGCACUGCAGCCAGGCGCCACGCCGUUGUCGUUGCAGCAGCGGGUGGACAUAACAGUGGGGGUGCUACUGGCGCUCAAGGCAGUGCAGAGCCACGGGCAGGUGCAUGGCGACCUCAAGCCCUCCAACGUGCUGCUCAGCCCUGCCUUUGAGGCGCGAGUGGUUGACUGGAGUGUGGUGUGCAUGGGGCAGCGCGUGCAUGUGGACAUGGGCAGCAAUGGCUUGGACGGGCAGCGGAAAGGCUCUGGCAAGAAAGGCUUGGCAAGGAUAGUGUCCCUGCCAAGUGGAGACAGAGGCACGAGCAGCAGCAGUGGCAGGAGGGGUGGUAAGAGUGGGUAUUCAUGGGGGUCCGGUAGGAGUGGCAGCAGCAUCAGCAGCACUGACGGAGGCGAGCAGAAGGUGUAUUUGCUGCGGUGCACGGAGGGGCAUAUGGACCCGGCUGUGGUGCAAACCGGCAUUGCCACUCCCACCAGUGACAUGUACAGUGUGGGAGUGCUGCUGCUACAGCUGCUCACAGGGUGGGCGGGUCCCUUCAGGGAUGUGGAUGGCCAGCGCACCCACAUCUAUGACUGGGCCCGGCAGCACGCAGACUCGGACGACAUCUCUCCUCUCCUCGACCCUCUGCUGCCACACCCCCUGCCCCCUCCCGCUACCCUCCUCCCCCUCUUCCGCCUCGCCCUCGCCUGCUCGUCCCCCUCGCUGUCCGCCCGCCCCACCCCCGUAUACGCCCUCGAUGUUGUUCGGACCUUCCGCACCUCCCUGCUGGAGGAGUUGCUGUCUGGAAGGGGAGUUGGGGGAGAAACUGGGGAAAAGGGAAAGGUGGAGGGGGGAGAAAAGGGUGGAAAGGGAGAGGGGGAAGGGGGAGGAAGGAGGGAUGAUGGGGGGGAGAAUGAAGGGGAGGGGAGGGGGAAGAGUGGGGAGGAAUGGAGUGGGGUGUCCAUUGGGGAAAGCCCUGAGGUAGCGGUGGAACAGAGUGAUGACUACACAAGGCUGCCAUUAGUGGGAGCAGCAGAGGAUAAUGGGGAGUCUAUGGUUUAG